GUGUUUCACUGACAGGAGGGGUUCAGUAGUCAAAAUCUCAGGCAUUAAACCCUGCUAAAAAAGUCACAUGUUUAAUCAUGGUUUUAACUGAAAACUUGAGCUUCAAACUUCAAAGUAGCCUCUCUCUUCUCUCUAUCAACUGGCGGUUAGAACCAAACCAAGAAACCCAACCAAAGCAAGUGCCAAACCAAACCAAAACAAACACACCACACUGCUCUGUCUUUCACUCUUUCUUAUAUCACACUCUCUCAUUCAUUCAUUCAUUCAUUCAUUCAUUCACUCACUCACACUCCAUUCCAAUCCAACAACAACCGUCACCACCACCAUCAGCCAAACGACGUCACACUCUGAUCGUGAUCCCUGACCCCAAACGUGAAAAAUGCAGCAAACGGGUCGUCCCGGAGAAGCCAUCAACGGUGGAGGCUACGGUGGCCGGAAUGUGGUGGUGGGGGUGAAGCUGGACUCACCCAGCAAAGAGCUUCUCACGUGGGCUCUGGUUAAAGUUGCUGAGCCUGGUGACAUCGUUGUUGCUGUGCAUGUUCUCAGGGACCAUGAAAUCGUGAAUGGAGAUGGAAAAACAUCGAUUCUUUCGCGUGUCAAGGCAUUUAACUCUGUUCUUGCUGUUUAUGAAGGAUUCUGCAAUUUGAAACAGGUGGGUCUGAAGCUCAAAAUUUGCCAUGGUUCAUCAAUGAAGAAAAUUUUGGUUCGAGAAGCACAUGCUUAUUCUGCAACUCAUGUUGUUGUUGGGACUUCUCAGCGCCUUCAUAAUCUCCGGUCAUCUACCUCUGUAGCUAAGUACUGUGCUAAAAAGUUGUCCAAGGAUUGUUCUAUUCUUUGUGUUAACAAUGGGAAAGUCAUGUUCAAGCGCGACCGGUCGCCAUCAAAUGUAGCUGCCCUGCAAGAUAUUGAUCGUCAUCACAGGAAUGGUUUGCUUGGUUCAAUUCAUUGGAAGCACAGCAAGAGCACAAAAGUAAGAAGUGAUGACAAUAGUGAGAUAGAUUCUAAUGAGGGAAGUGGCAAAAUUUCGAAGAACAGUUUAGCUAAAUUUCUUCUGGAGGACUCUACAGAAAUAGUUAGAAAUAUGAGCUGCAUAAUUUGCGGCCCGACUCUGGCAUUUCCAAGCACUUCUUGCAACCAAUCUGCAGAAGGGUGUUGUUCUGUUGAUGGUGGCAGUGAGAAUUCAAUGGCUAUAGUGCCUGUAAAGACCACUGAUACAGGACAAUCUGAAUUGCAACCGGGUUGGCCGCUUCUGCGCUGGAGAGUUUUAUCAGACAGACAAACUGCUUAUAGAUCAUUGAUGGGCCACCAGAUCUCUGUUGUCCAGUGGGCGAUGAAGUUACCGUGUAGAAAUCUAUUAUAUGCUGCAGAUCAUGAUAAAAAGCCCAAAAUUUGUGCUCAACAUCAAGAUCAACCUGUGGCUUUAGAUAGUCAAAGUGGCGCUCUUGUUCCGGUAGAUGCUGAAUUAGGGACCCCUUUUUCGCCUGAUUGCAAUUCGAGAAAAAUUCCUAAAGAUUUCGAGGGCCUUCACGAGAAAUUCUCAUCAUCAUGCAGAUUGUUUGAGUAUCAAGAACUUGUAUCCGCGACAUCAAAUUUCUUACUUGAAAACUUGAUCGGGAAAGGAGGAAGCGGUAAGGUUUAUCGAGGCUGCCUUCCUGAUGGCAAGGAACUUGCUGUCAAAAUCCUAAAGCCUUCUGAUGAUGCUCUGAAGGAGUUUCUUUUGGAAAUAGAAAUUAUCACAACUUUGCAUCACAAAAACAUUAUUUCCCUCCUUGGAUUCUGCUUUGAGAAUGGCAAUCUUCUUCUGGUCUAUGAUUUCUUGCCAAGAGGAAGCCUUGAAGAGAACCUUCAUGGGCACAGGAAAAAUUCAUGUGAGUUUGGCUGGACUGAGAGAUAUAAGGUAGCAACAGGCGUUGCUGAGGCUUUAGACUAUCUGCACUCUAAAGAUGAUCAACCUGUGAUCCAUAGGGAUGUCAAAUCAUCAAAUGUAUUAUUAUCUGAGGAUUUUGAACCCCAGCUCUCUGAUUUUGGACUGGCUAAGUGGGCAUCAACCUCAUCAUCAUAUAUAACCUGCACAGAUGUUGUUGGAACCUUUGGUUAUUUGGCUCCUGAGUACUUCAUGUAUGGAAAGGUAAAUGAUAAGAUUGAUGUCUAUGCAUUUGGCGUCGUGGUCCUUGAGCUUCUUUCAGGGAGAAAGCCCAUAAGUGUGGAUUAUCCGAAAGGUCAACAAAGUCUUGUUAUGUGGGCAACUCCAAUUUUGAAUAGUGGAAAGGUGUUACAAUUGCUAGAUCCUAAUUUGGGCGAUAGCUAUGAUCUUGAGGAGAUGGAAAGGAUGGUCUUAGCCGCUACUCUCUGUAUCAGACGUUCCCCGAGAUCUAGGCCUCAGAUGAGCCAUGUUUCAAAGCUCCUCCAAGGUGAUGCCGAUGCAAUCAAGUGGGCAAAGUUAGAAGCGAAUGCUUCGGAAGGACAAGAAAUGGUUGAUGAUGAAGGGUGUCCACCUAGUAAUCUACAGUCACAUCUUAAUCUUGCACUGCGUGAUGUGGAGGAUGACUUGCUCUCUAUGUGUAGUGUUGCGCCGAGUGUCUCAUUGGAGGACUACUUGAAAGGAAGAUGGAGCCGUUCAUCAAGCUUUGACUGAGCAAAGAUUUAUAGAAGAAGAAGAUCUUUCUUUUAUCUUAAUAGUUUGUAUGUAUUUGUAUUUUGUAUAUAAAAAGUUUUCUAAUACCCCUUACAUUAGAGUUUGUAUCUUCUAUGGGGUUUUUUAUAAAUGGGUUUCUAGAUGAGAGGUUGUUUGUGUGUACCCUCCUCCUUCCCUUGAUAAUGAGGAAACUAGGCCUCAUUUUCCUCAUUUUUCUUUUUCUACCUGAACUUGUGUCUAUUUUUGUCCUUGAUCUCAAUCAGAUCGAGUUUUUUAUUUGUUGUCAUGAUAAAGGAUGAAAAAGUUGUAUAUUAGAGCAUUAAGAUCAUAGCUCUGCACUCUAAUAAUAUUAUAGCAAUUUUGUAGCUUAGUUUCUUUCUUUUCA